CCUGUGGUCAUUAACAGUUCACACCAAGCACCUGAAAGAACACCUCCGCGAUUGUUUUUUAGGCCUGUAAGCUAUUUAAACAACAGUGAGUACCUCUUGGGCGUGUUGUGGUCUGUUACAGGAAUGUGUUUCUGAUCGUCUGAAUCUCAACCAUGCUGUCAAACUGCUUGCAAAAUUUCCUAAAAAUUACGAACCUUCAUCUUCUAUAUUCAAGAUCAUGCCAGCAAUUAAUAAGAAGUAAAAGGAGGUUUUUCGGAACUGUGCCAACAUCCAGAUUGCGUAGGCGGGUUGUCAUUACAGGCAUUGGCUUAGUGACUCCUCUUGGUGUUGGAACUCAACUGGUAUGGGAUCGUCUUCUACGAGGAGAGAGUGGAAUUGUCUCACUGGUUGGUGAAGAGUAUAAGAGUAUCCCUUGCAGUGUUGCUGCUUAUGUGCCAAGAGGUUGUGACGAAGGUCAGUUCAAUGAACAAAACUUUGUGUCCAAAUCAGAUAUCAAGUCCAUGUCUUCUCCCACCGUUAUGGCCAUUGGGGCUACAGACUUAGCCAUGAAAGAUUCCGGCUGGCAUCCUCAGUCAGAAGCUGAUCAAGUGGCUACUGGUGUUGCAAUUGGCAUGGGAAUGGUUCCUCUUGAAGUUGUUUCUGAAACUGCUUUGAUGUUUCAGGCAAAAGGUUACAAUAAAGUCAGCCCGUUCUUCGUCCCUAAGAUUCUGGUCAAUAUGGCAGCAGGCCAGGUCAGCAUUCGGUAUAAACUCAAGGGCCCCAACCAUGCAGUAUCUACAGCCUGUACCACAGGAGCUCAUGCUGUGGGAGACUCUUUUAGAUUUAUAGCCCAUGGGGAUGCUGAUGUGAUGGUGGCUGGAGGUACAGAUUCUUGCAUUAGCCCUUUAUCUCUUGCUGGGUUUUCCAGAGCCCGUGCUCUGAGCACAAACUCUGAUCCUAAGUUGGCAUGUCGACCAUUUCAUCCAAAGAGAGAUGGUUUUGUCAUGGGAGAAGGUGCAGCUGUGCUGGUGCUGGAAGAACACGAACAUGCUGUUCAAAGAGGGGCCCGGAUGUAUGCCGAAGUUUUGGGCUACGGACUCUCAGGUGAUGCUGGUCACAUAACCGCCCCCGAUCCUGAAGGAGAAGGUGCCUUAAGAUGUAUGGCUGCUGCUGUAAAAGAUGCAUGUGUACAACUUGAGGAAAUAUCCUAUGUCAACGCACACGCUACUUCCACACCGUUGGGAGAUGCUGCUGAAAACAGAGCUAUCAAGCGUCUUUUCAAAGACCACGCACACGCCCUUGCAGUUUCCUCCACUAAGGGGGCCACGGGACAUCUGCUGGGAGCUGCAGGGGUGGUUGAGGCAGCUUUUACUGCUCUGGCUUGUUAUUAUCGGAAACUGCCACCUACUUUAAACCUGGACUGUACUGAACCAGAAUUUGAUCUCUAUUAUGUUCCACUAAAGGCACAGGAAUGGAAAAUGGAGAAAAGAUGUAUUGGACUCACCAAUUCCUUUGGUUUUGGUGGUACUAAUGCAACACUUUGUAUUGCUGGCAUGUAGGACAAGUUAUGUGUAAUUAAACAUGGAUUUUUUUUAAUGUUA